AUGGAGAUUGGGACCAAUCAUUGGGAAAUUGUUAAACUUCCAUCAACAAUACACAAAUGCCAAGAUCUAAAAGACAUAAUCUCAGUAGUUUAUCCGCAACUGGAUGUGGCAAUGACAUCGACUGCAACAUUUUUAACUGAACGUACAAUUCUUUCUGCACGGAAUGAUGAUGUCAAUGCUAUCAAUACUGCAGCAUUGAAUAUUUUUCCCGGUAACACACAUACUUAUUUGGCAACAGAAAAGAUGUCUGAAGUUGAUGAAAUUGAUCGUACUAUAAUAAAUAGAUAUCCUAAUGAAUAUUUAAAUUCAUUAGAUCCUCUUGGACUACCAGCUUUUAAGGUAGAGUUGAAAGUGGGUUGUUCUAUAAUGUUGUUAAGAAAUGUUACACCAAAAGAAGGACUGUGCAAUGGCACAAGAUUGAUGGUUUCUAGAUGCAAUAUUCGCAUAAUUGAAGCUCAAAUUUUAACUGGAGAAAAAUGUGACAAUUUGGUAUUUGUACCAAGGAUAUCCUUGACACCGUCUUCUGCAGAAAUGCUUUUCCAAAUGACAAGACGUCAAUUUCCAGUUCGAUUGGCAUAUGCCCUGACCAUUAAUAAAUCUCAAGGGCAAUCUGUGAAAUUUGUUGGAGUUGAUUUGAGCACACCAGUGUUUAGUCAUGGGUAA